UUGGACCAGAGCCAAAAAAAAAAAAAAAAAAAAAGAAAAGAAAAAAAAAAUCAAGGCAAAUCAAAGUCUGCAGCUCAGAGAAAACACCCGUCGCUCCGGUGGGAGGCUCCGAUGGGAAGUGCCCGGCGUUCCUCAGCAGACGGUGGAGUACUACGUGGGCACAAUGGGACAGGACCGGGGACCACCAGAGGGUCCAGGGGACAGAGCCACGGCAUGCCAGAAAGCUGCCGCCAGGGUACAGAAAUAUGCGGGAAAGAGGAGGUUGAGGAAAUUCAGUUCUCCAUCGGCUGGGCUCCCGGCAAGCGAGCCAGGCGACCGUCUUUGCCAUUUGAACCGCCAUGGGGGAGCCACUUUGGGAUUACUCUUCUCUUGUCACCCAGCUGUGGCUUGGAUUUCCCAAUACAUUCCAAGUGUCCCGAGCAGGAGAGAAAUAGAUCCUGCAGAAGUGAGCCUUGGAGACCCAGAGGAGGAGGAAUUAAGCCGAUGACCCAGGCAUCUUCCUUCCAAACAUAUUGCAUGUGUUUGGCAUUCACAGAGACCUGCAUCUGUAGGGUUUGCGUGUGCAUGCUGUGGCAUCACGUGGAAUGUGUGUGCUUGCGUGUGUGUAGCUCCGUGUCUGUGUGUCUCUCCGAGGGGGAAAGAAAGAGAGCGAAGUGGGAGCAGACAGGAUGUUUGGGUAUUUAUGUAACUCACGCAGAGCGUGUUCAAUGCUGCAAGGCAGACAGCCACCCAUCCCUGGACUCUGCCGCUCUGGAGGGCCUGUACAGACCUGAUCUGAAUGUUAAAUGCAGGAGACGAAAUUAGCAUACUAACCAAGGACGUCAACCCCUCCUCGCAAUCAGUAAAUGGCCGUCUCCUUGCUCUGAAGCCAGCACAGCCAUGCGCGCCAGCCACUUAACUAUGUCCUCUGUCAGGUCCCUUUUUGUGUUUGUUUUUUUGUUUUUGUUUUUUGAUGAAAGACUGGAAAUUCAUUAAUGAGGAGGGAAGGAAGGGCUUCAAGGGGCUGUAAUGAAAACAAAUGAUCCUCUUUAAACCUCAUGACGGCCAAAGCCGGGCGGGCGGGGGUUGCUUUCUGCUCUGGGGCUGGAGCAUAGGAAAUUCCACAGACAACAGACCACUUGACGAGCACCCAGGAAUGCACUGCUCGGGAAUAUUUCUUCUGUGUGGCACAGACUGGCCAUGACCAGUGCGUCUGUGCUGAUAACACCUAGAAUGAACUUUAUCUUCCUCACUUGAAACGAGAAGUGUGGUCUACCAGAUGUCUUUCCAUUCAGUCAAAGGUUAUCAAAGUUUCUUGACCUUGGAAGGGUAGGAAGAGCCUUCUGGACUCUUCUGGCCGAUAGCCUCAGCUUUUGAAGUGAUACACAUUUUUCUUUUGGGCUGUGCAUUAGGACUUCCCUGAAGGUACUAGUUGCUUUUAUUUUAAUCUCCACCAGGAAAAGAAGCAAACAAAGGAAAAGGUUUGACUUCUACUGGUAUGGAUCCCCUGCUAAUGUAGACAGAAUGCUAAGAGCUGAGAGCCAGGCAUUGCAGCCCAUGUAUUUGAAUGAAAAAAAGUUUAUUCCCUUUUUCUUUAUUUUAACCACUCUAUCUUCGGAAACAAACUUCUUCCCUUUCGUUGUGCUUUACUGGUUUGGCUAUACAGCAGGAUUCACGCACUCCGAAAUCUCCAGGAAACUGCUGGCACCAGGCUGGGGAGACAGUAAGGAGGAGUGAGGCUUGGGACUAUGUGGAAGGCAGAGCCACUCAAGCUCCGGUCCCCUGGUAUUUGGGGGGGGGGAAUAAAAGCCCUACUUUGUGUUGGCUGAUCUUCCAAUGUUCUAAAGAGGUGGUAGUGACUGGUAUGUUGAAAUAUAAAAUACAUCAAUUUUUAAAAACAACCUAUGGGUUAAAUAAAACAUAUUUGCAAAGACAGUCUUGGCCAGGCUGUAUCAUGCCAGUUUGCAUUCGUUGUUUUAGUCUGAAAUUCCUAGCACAGGUAUUUUUAAAAAAAAUUUUGUAUUAACUUAAAAGUAUAGAUAUUAACAACAGCAUGGCAAAUAACAAAGGAGUAUUGUUUUGUUGGAAGAGGAGGGAAGUGCUAAUUUAAGACAAUAGAGAGAGGAAGGAAGUGGACGUCUGUGUGGUCUGCUUGCCCUGUGGCCACUGUCAUCUCAGCAGGCACGGUGUAGUGCCAUCCUUCUUUAAGGCAGUGAUCCCCACAAAGAUGAUUUUCCCCAAAAGGUGCUAACUGAUUAAAUCUCUAGAUUAAAUCUCUAGAAAGGAAUGUAUUUGCAUAUUUU